AUGUCAUCGGGGAUCGGCUCGCUCUUCUCCUCGCUCUUCCUCUACCUGCGCUCGCUGCUGUUCUCAAAGCACCUCGAGAUAUGCGUCGUCGGCCUCCAGGCGGCGGGCAAGACGUCGCUCGUCAAUCUCCUCAGCUCGGGCCAGUUUGCCGACGAAAUGGUGCCCACCGUCGGCUUCAACAUGCGCAAGGUCCGCAGCGGCAACACGACCAUCAAGGUGUGGGACAUUGGCGGACAACCUCGCUUCCGAAGCAUGUGGGAACGCUACUGCCGGGGUGUCUCUGCGAUCCUCUUCGUGGUCGACUCUUCGGUCCCAUUACCGAGCGGCAAGGACUCGACCGAGCAGCAGCAGCAGCAGCAGCAGCAGCCGCACCUCGCCGGCGUGCCGUUGCUGGUGCUCGCGACCAAGAACGACAUCAAGGGCGCCGCCGGAGUCGACGACGUGAUCCGAGUCAUGCGCCUCGACACGAUUGCCAACCGCGAGGUGUCGUGCUACAGCAUCAGCAGCAAGAACCAGGUCAACAUCGACGUCACGCUCCGAUGGCUCGUCGCACGCAGCCCGGCGGGAAGCAGAUGA